GUUUUUUUUCCUUCGUUCCCAGGGAAAUCGACAAAUUUUAGAUGCAAACAUUGUGCAGAAACGCGCGCGUUUCGUCACCAAGAUAUUCACGAUAGUUGUUAUAAUCUGCAUCUAAAAUGUCUGACCUGGAAACCGAAAACAGAGUUACCGAACUCUUGAACCAAACUGGGCUUGUGCAUGAAGGCCCAAAGCGAAUCAAGAUCAUUGCUGAAUUGAAAGAACUUCUUCUCCAUCGUGCACCAGAUCUGUUCUUGAAAUACUCGGAGGAAAUUUUAGCAUUCCAGAAUGAUCCUGCUCCGGACGUCCGGAAAAUGGCUUUGGGAUUUUUCGAAGAAGCCUGCCAAAAGAAGGAGUCUUUCCUACGGAUGGUUGUUCCUGCCCUGCAAAACAUUAUAUUCAACGACGAAAACCCCAAUGUGUUGAAGAAAGCGAUGCAAGUUGCUUGUGGGCUUUUCAAGAAUGGAUUGAAAUGGGUUUCAACUGCACUGCCGGAAGAAAUGAAAGAUGCUGUCGGUGCCUGGGAAACGCUGAGCACGCUUAGAGACUACCUCGUUAAACAGAUUGAUUCUGACAAUGACGGUAUUCGAACUCAUGCGAUCAAGUUCAUGGAAGCUGUUAUUCUGACGCUGACGCACUCUCCUGAUGGGAAAGCGAAAGCUUCGGAAAUUUGUCUGGACAUUGUUCCUCUGAAUUUGCGUGCUGUCAGACCGCGGAAGCUUGAAGAAGAUGCCAAGCGAAUACUUGAAAGCUUACUGAAGUUCCAUUCAAGUCUGCACAUCUCUUCUGUAAACUUGAUGGCAACGAUGGCUGCAUUGACGAAUAUCGCCAAAAUGCGACCCGUAUUUUUAUCUACUGUUGUGCUGGCCAUGCAAGGAUUGAACAGUCAUCUUCCUCCUACGCUUGGAAAGAGCCAAGUGAGCUCAGUUCGCAAAAUGAUGAAAGUUCAUAUGAUGGCAUUGUUGAAGCUUCCUGCUGCGAUGGAUCAUAUUACCGCAAUCACUGCGCUUUUGAAUGAGCUUGGAGCUACUUAUCAAGAGAUCAUGAAAAACCAUCCGAAUCCUGAAGAAAUUAAGCAAGCUGCUCGCAGAAAAAAGGACGAGGGGAGAAAACGGCCCCGGCCCAUGGAUUUGGACGUUGUUCCAUCUCUGGAUCUCGAUGCGGCUGAGAGGAAAAAGCGACCAAAACGUGAUGACUUGGAGGUCGUUGGACCCAAAGCACUGCCUUUAAUCGGAGAAACAGCUGUUCCCAAAUCUGGGGAUUUAACCAAGUCCGCUGAAGAAUAUAUUUCCCUUAGGCUACGCCCGGACUUCGUGUUCAAGACCACCCGAUUUUCGACCCUCCAAAAGAUCCCGGAUGUCGGUCUGGAUCCAGAUUUUCCAAGGCUGGCCUCAAAUGGACUGAUUCGUGGGAUUUCGCGACUUCUGGGCAACCAACUCGUGAAGGAUUCAGUGUUUCCUUGUGACAAAGUCGCAAUAGAGCGGAGAAGAAGAGAGAUGAAGAAAGCCGAAGAAAAGCGGAAGUUGGAACUUGCGAAAGAGAAGCGCGAGAAAGUGCGCCAGGAAGUACCGAAACUUGCUGCGAAACCAGUCGAUGCGGUUGUGGAUGACUCCACUGCAGAAGGAUUAAAAAGCGUUGCAGAAAAAUCUGCAGUAGCCGUGAAAUCCACAGUUGCGCCAAUUUCUCUAGCACAGAAGCAAAAACGUCUAACCAAUGAAAGACUGACUGAGAAAUCCAAGCCUAUGUCGAUGUCAAUUGUGCUCAAGGUAAAAGCCUCCGCCUUGUCCCGGAUUUCUAGUGUAGGCGACGAAACAGGAAUAGCGAUUCGUUCGGAAUCCAGAAAGGAGUCCAUGAGAUCAGCUCAAAGCGAGGUUAUGGCUGGUCUAUCCAGCUUAAUGCCUAUCGAAGAUGUGUUGGGUUGGGUUGUUUCAUUUUUUCUCACGGAUCCCGUGCGAAGAGUCGACCAUGUGAUCGCUUGGCUUUACAGCGAAUACAGCCAGGGUCAGAGCUACAGUCCUGUUUCUGCUUCCGCUUUGAGACCACUCACUUCGAACGACACUGCGGAGAUGGAUAGAAAACGUUACGGAACCAUCUUGACGUGGAUUUUGAAGGCGAUAGCUGAAAAGGACGAAUUUCCAGAAAAAUACGAUGUCAUUCGACGGUUGUUCUUGGAAACUCCGUCGCUGACCGACGAAGCAGUGGCAAUGCUGAGCAUGAUGUUCCCUGCGGAUGAAGAACAAGCCGAACCCCAAGUUAUAGACAAUGAGGCUGACGAUCAGUCUCCGGAGAUUCCCAGAGUGAAACGUGUCACCCGUAUGUGCGAGCUGCUGUGCGACAUGAUCCUGUAUCGUCGCGGCACUGGGAAACACACGACUUGCUUGAGAAUGUUGCUCGACUUGGCGACACAUCCGACACCAACGAUCCGUCAAGAAGGCCUCUCGGCUGUGAUGCGUUUGGUUUCGCAUUCUGACGACGCGUUUGCCGCCGCCAUCGGGGAAUUCGCCGUGAUGUCGAUAAACGCGUUGGUGAUGCCCGGGGCCAUUGACGGUGGUGUGAAAAAUGAACCUCAGGAUGAGGUGCCAGAGGAAGAAGAAGGCGGGGAUAAAAAACCGGCUUUUGUCAAUUGGUCGGAGGAUUCUGUGAAAUCCGCCUGUGGGCUUCUGUUUGUCCUGCUGCCAAGAAAAACGUCGUAUCUUUUCGAUUUAAUGCGUGUGUUUGCCGAGACGAGUCCGGAAGUGAAACGUAUAAUUUUGCGACUGAUGGAAGAGCCUAUAAAAGAGCUCGAUGGAAACUCAGAUGAAGUCAUGGCGGUACUCGACAAUAUUCCCAAAGGCGGAGAAACUUUUGUGUCACGCAUGAUUCUAUUACUAACUGAAAAAGCGCAACCGAGCGAACAACUGGUUUACAAAGUGCUUGAUCUGUAUAAAACACGAGUGACGGACGUGCGUUUCUUGAUACCCGUUGUUUCUGGGCUGCCGGAAAGCGAAUUGAUGGAAAUCCUUCCAAAGUUUCUUCGAUUGGCGCCAAAUGUAUUGAAAGAGGUUUUCAAUCGUGUUUUGGGUGUUGCGACUUUGGAAAGACCGGAAGAACAUAACCCUUCAAUAACUCCUGCCGAUCUGAUGGUCGCCCUGCACACUAUUCCGCCGUCUGCGGCUGACGUCAAGUCAAUUAUCAAAGCGACCGCGCUUUGUUUUGAAAUGAAAGCCGUAUACACGAUGGAAGUAAUGGGAGAAGUGAUCAAGAAGUUGGUGGAUCUGGACGAAAUACCCACGUUGCUCAUGCGUACGGUGAUCCAAGCCUUUUCAUUAUACCCCAAAUUAUCGGGUCACGUGUUGAACGCUCUUCAGCACCUCAUUCAAAAAGAGGUAUGGAAAAAUCCGCGCGUGUGGGAAGGUUUCAUCAAGUGUUGUCAGCGCUGUGGAGCUCCCAGUUGCGUUGUUUUAAUGCAGCUGCAGGCUGAGCAAUUGAAAUCCGUGUUCAAGCAAGCCCCUGAUCUUAAAGAUUACAUGUCGAGACACGUCGACUCUUUUACAGAGAACAAUGCUUUUGUACCGGAACCGGUCUUGGAGGCAUUGUUCGGACAAAAAACGCCGAGAUCCCUCGACCGUCGUGAACCUCCGCCGCCGGGAGCUAUGGAAGCGGAAGCUUUUGCAAUGCAUCCAGCAACUUUGAUGAACAUGCGGCCUCCAAUCUACGCUGGACAGGGCCUUUUUGAUCCGUACCGUGGCUGAACGAAACAUUCAUCCUAAUUUCGAAGAUUUGAUUCAUAGUCGUGUCUCAACUUUUCUCGAUAUUUCUGUUGUAUCCUACAAACCUUGGUUUAUUUCAUCGUUGAAUGAAUAUUCUGUUUUUUCCUUGCUAUGGUUUGAAAAGCCUCGGGAUCCCGUUUGCUGAUUUUUAUUACUUCCUGAAGAACCAGUAUUCUGGUAUCGCGAAAGGAUUUUUUUAUUUAUAUGGUUUGAUAUAUUGCGUCAAUUCCGCAUUCUUUUCUUCACGUUAGUGCGUCGAUUCAAGAUUCGUUGAACGAAGAAUUUAUUUCCUUCUCUCGUAGGAAGAUUCUGUGUCGUGUGGUUUUUCUUGAAAAUGAAUAUCCUGUGGAUUGGUGAGUUGAUUUGGAAUCUUCGUUAAAAUUCGUGUGAUCGCAUCGUUCAUUCGCACAAUCACAAAAUGUCCUUAGUUCGAAGAAUCUCGCUUAAAGGGGAUUUAUUUCAAGAACUCCUGGAAGGACUUUUUCGAUUGUCUGAUUUGUCUAUAAUGCCCUACGUUUAAUUAUUUGCAGGUUUUCUGGUGUUGGGAGCUUGUGUUUCCGGACAGAGGAACCCCACAAUAUCGUACAUAUCCCCCGAGAGAAUCAUGUACAUUGGUGAAACAACGGAGAUGAAGUGUAGUGUACAGUACGCUACGGGAUACUCCGUACUGUGGACGAAGAUAGACGAGAACCAACCUUCUGGUUCCAUUCCGCUUUCCAAAGGAACCAGUUUAAUCUUACCAGAAACGCGGUUUUCGUUGCAAUUACAAGCAGCGAGUUCCACGUAUAUAUUGACGAUCAAGGACAUUCAGGAGACGGAUGCCGGGAUUUAUCAAUGCCAAGUUCUGAUCUCGACCCAGAAUGUGAUUUCCGCGGAAGUGAAACUUUCCGUCCGACGUCCUCCAGUCAUUUCGGAUGAUUCAACUCGUUCCGUUGUCGCGACCGUCGGCGAAAACGUGCAGCUGGAGUGUCGAGCCACGGGUUACCCGACCCCGAAUAUCUUUUGGCGACGACAAAAUAAUGCCUUAUUGCCCACGGGAGGAGCAAUUUACAGUGGAGAGGUUCUGCAAAUCAACUCCGUUACGAAGGACGAUCGUGGCACUUAUUACUGCGUCGCUGAAAACUAUGUUGGGAAAGGUGCGAGAAGAAACGUGGCUCUUGAUGUAGAAUUCGCUCCAGUCAUCACGGUUUCACGUCCACGAGUUGGCCAGGCUCUGCAAUACGACAUGGAUUUAGAGUGUAACAUUGAAGCUUAUCCCCAACCGGCUGUUACCUGGCUCAGGGAUGGUUUCCAGCUUUCAAACAAUCAGCACUACAUGAUAAGCCACUUUUCGACUGCAGACGAGUUCACGUCGACGACGCUGAGGGUGCUUUCGAUUGAGAAGAAGCAGUACGGGAAAUUCCAGUGUCAGGCUGCGAAUAAAUUUGGGAUUGCCUCCGCGACUGUCGAGCUCGUUGAAACUGUGAUUCCUGUGUGUCCUCCUGCUUGUGGGACAAAUCAGUACAGCAGUGGAAGUGAACCAGUUGGAGGAGUCAACAAGUUGUGGCACAUUUUCAGCUUUUCCUCAGCAGCGUAUUUUGCGGCAAGGUCCAUGUGUCCAGCUUGAAGAGAAGAAUGAGGAAAUUUUGCGUUUGCACUUGUUACAGCCAUCCUUUUGAUGCCAUCCUUGUGCUUACUGCUUGGAGAGCUGUAAGUUAGUUUUUUUUUUAUGCCAGGUUAUUUUAUUUGCCUACGGUUCUUAGUACUUGGAGCGACUUCGUUGAAGGUCUCAGAUUUUUUGUCUUUGAUACGAGGUAUUUUUUCACGGGCUAUAGAGGAUAGGAGAAGAAAAUCGGAGAACUUUUUCAACGACGUUCAUAUCGGAAAGAACCUUUGGAGGACCAUUUUAUGCACACGAUACGUGCUUAGACAUGCCCUAGUUUUACUUGGCAUUAAAUGAAUGUUGAGAAUUUUGUUACUUUUAUGAUGUGACAUUUUUAUGACGUUUGAAGUUGCUUAGGCGUAAUCGGGAAUAUCAGCGGAAUAUUUUACGGAGUGCUGUAAUCGUGAACCUGUGUGAAAAGAAACAAUUUUUUCAUCACGCGAAUUUGAAGAAUGUCUUCGAGCAACGAAUCCGUCCCUAAAUUUUUGCGGGUUGAAGAAAUGAAAAUUCCAUGUGGAUGAGCACUCCGACGAA